UGAAGCGCACAAACUCGGGGCGCAUUGUUGGAGUUUUAAAGCGUGUGUUUAGUUUAACUUUAGUUAAUUCAGCGAUUAACUAAUUUACAUUUAACAAAGAUUAAACGCAGUGCCAAUUGUGUUAAUGUGUAUAUGUAUGUCUAUAUGUGUCGCGACUACUCGUAGAUGAGUAAAGUGUUUAGCGCAGUGAUUGUUUUUUCUUGCGCCUGCAAAAAUCGAAGUGAAUUGCUAUUUUUAAAGAAGCGAAGAAAACGCCAGAAAUUAAGGGCAACAAUUAAAUAAUACGACCAGUCGUUAAAUCAUAUUAUUAUCUACGAAUGUGCAUAUGUAUGCAAAACGCGAACAGUGCUUGAAAAUUCAAUAAUUGCACAGUUGGCUCCGUGCGGUGUAAGCGAGAAGGGAAAGAGAAGGAGGAACGGGGCGGCAGCGCCUUGCGUGGCCUUUGACGUCACAGCGCUAGCUGCGCAGUGUUAGAUUCAACAACAAUGACGUAGUUGGUGCACAUUGUUGUUGUUGUUCUGAAGUCAACCAUGGAUAGUUCCAUGUAUUAUGCCGCAAGAGCGGAAGGCGAGUCAGACAUCGAGGUUGCAACGCCAGUCCCCCCCUCCGAAGAUGGCGGUGUUUCAAUGAACAACUUCUAUCCGGCACUGGUGCAAUGUUUUGGAAUUAUCAUUUGUGGCUAUAUCGCCGGUCGCUUUAAAAUAAUCUCAAAUGCGGAAACCAAAGGUCUGGGCACAUUUGUGGGCACCUUUGCUCUGCCCUCGUUGAUAUUCCUCUCACUCGUCGAGCUCAACUGGAGCGCCGUCAACUGGAAAUUCCUGCUGGCUAUGCUAAUAUCCAAGGCAGUUGUCUUCUUCGCUGUUCUGGUCAUCUCCCUGCUUGUGGCGCGUCCCUUGAACUACGCACGAGCCGGACUCUUGGCAAUUUUCUGCACGCAGAGUAACGAUUUCGCCAUUGGUUAUCCCAUAGUUGUGGCGCUUUAUCAGAACGUGCAUCCGGAAUAUGCCUCCUAUUUGUAUCUGAUGGCGCCCAUAUCGCUGGCCAUACUGAAUCCCAUCGGUCUGGUGCUCAUGGAAAUCUCGAAAAUAAUUAAGAACAAGGAAGAUGUGACACGCAAUCCUCCCCUCUGUCCGGAAACUUGUCCCGCUGAGCAGAUGAACAAGCAACGACGGUGCCUUGGCGAGCGUUCGAUACUCGUCCUGAACACGAUCAAAUCCCUUUUCUAUAAUCCGUUGCUGCUGAUGACACUGUUGGGCGUCGCUGGCGGCUUUCUGUUUCCCAAAGGUCUCCCUGAGAUUGUGGCCAGCGUUUUGCGCGUCUUCGGCCAAAGUUUCUCGGCCACAGCGUUGUUUCUGUUGGGCCUAAAGAUUGUGGGCGGUGCGGGCGCGGAACGCAAAAGCAUGGGCUUUUUGCUGCCUGGCGUCCUUAUACUAGUCAAGAUACUUGUGCUGCCGCUGGUUUCGCGUCAAACUGUCAAUAUAAUGCAGGCGGGCGUUAAUUUUAAUGAUACCACAGAGCUGAGCACUUUCGGAUUCCUCUAUGGCACCUUUCCAGCGGCCCCGGGUGCUUUUGUGAUUGCCACACAGUACAACAUUGAAGUGGAACUGAUCGCACGCAGCAUGGUGCUCUGCACUUUCAUUUCCGCUCCCCUGAUGUUCAUCUCAGCCAAAAUGAUUUCGCUGACGAAUCUGAAACCAUUGGACUAUCUGCAUGAGCUGGAUGCCUUCUCCUUUGACAUCAGUGUUGCAGGAGCGGCCGCUUGCGUCCUGAUGCUGUCCCUGCUGGUGGUGACUAAACGCUUUAGACGCAUGCCACAGCGCAUCACGUUCUGCCUUGUUUUAUCGCAGUUCAUGUGCUGCGUGGGCGUCAUCCUGUGGUCGAAAUUGGAGCACAACGAACGCUGGCCGCUCUAUCUGCAAUUCUUCCUGUUCAAUAUUGGUACCUAUAGCUCCCGUUUGUGGACCGGCAUUCUGGCUAUAACGUUGCUCUUUCUGCAAUGCCGCAGUCUCUGUUUUGUGCUUAAACUUUGGCCCUAUAUGCUGGCCUUUGCUUGGGGCAUUCCAGCAAUUAUCUCGGGACUGCUGCUUUCCUUCGACGCGAAUAUCAUGUCUGGCGAGAAACACAAUCCCAGCUUCCAGUACGGCAAUGCACAGGCGGCUAUUUCGGUGUUUAUGCUCGUCAUGUGUUUCAUAGUUACGGUUGGCUGCUUGGUGAUGCAUCAGCGCUACAAAAAACGCUACGAGAAAUAUUUAACCUACACCCGUGAGCUCUCCAAUCCCGAGUCCGAAUCCUCUGACCUUCACUCCACCAUUUCAACGGCCAACUUGCUUAGCAAUGCGGAUGGCUCGCCCCUGCACCAGAGCGUCCGCACCACUUCCUACUCCUCCUCCUCGGAUGAUGAUGAAAUGAUACCCACCGCGGCUGGUGCGCGUGCAACGCGCUCCAAUGCUGCCGCUGUUGGCUGCGGCUCCGGCAAUGGCAACUGUUGCUCAGGGUCUAACGUUACCACACCAACCACUGCAACCACUGUGGUGGUGGACAUCGAAGACCUCUUGACACGUCGGCGCAGCACAGCGGCCACCAAUCAGAAAAAUGUGGAAGCAAUUGAGAGGGAUCCAGUCAAUGAGGACGUUCGCAUCCACAUGUGCAGCACCGCAUAUAAUUGUGGUCCCAGCACCUCGCGUCAGAGCUGCCAGAGCAUUAUUGAACGCUAUGAGGAGCAGACGCGUCGUGGUCUGGAGCCGUUGGAGAAUGCGAGUGAUUGCGAUGAGCAGCAGACCCUGAAGCACACAGUACUGCUCAUCAUACUGCUUUGCUCGAUGUUUGUCGGCUUGGCGGUGUCCAUUUGGACGCUGGUGAUGGAAGGCAUGUCUGGCAUCUAUCUGGAGUUGAGUUUCCUCGAUGCGUUCCUAAAUUUCGGACAGGGUCUGAUUGUUUUGGCCGUCUUCAUAACCGACAUUGGCGAGUUGCUGAUGCCUUUGGUCAAGUUUUGGCGCAAAUUAUGGUAUGGCGCCAAUGUUGUCAGUUUGCCGCAUUGGUCGAACUUGCGACCGGAGACAAAGCUCAUAUGCGAACAGUUUCGCAAUCAUCAUCUGGAGAAUUGCAAAAAGGACAUUUCCAAGGAUAGGAGAUGGCGCAUACGAGUCUAUCGAAAAGUUUUCUAUGGCAGCGAGUUCGUCAACUGGCUUAUCGAGGUGGGUCUGUCCAAGGAUCGCAUGGAGGCCGUGCACUAUGCUCGUCAUCUGGUCGACGGCCGUGUCCUGCGCCACAUUAACAAUGUCUAUCAUUUCGAGGAUAAGCAGCUGCUCUACAACUUCUGUAGUCGCAUCUAGACGCCUAAACUUAACUCGUUAGUUCGUUUAUGUUACAAAAAAGGAUUUGUAAUUAGUGUGCUGUGAUUGUCUGAAGGUUGGCGAGACACACACACACAUGCAGACAGCCAUUUGUAUGUGUGUGUGAGAGGUGUGUUUAGUUGUUGAUAUGUAUAGCGAAUUGUCUAGUUUUUAAGCAAGCAAAGUACCUACAUAUAUAUACAGACAUAUAUCUUAUUUAAAUAAUUGACUAGCUAAGUAGAAUCUGCUGUGAAUUAGACAUUCUUGAUGGAGUUGUGCUUUUUAGUUCAAUUAUUCGCAAAAAGCUCGUGUGUACCGUAGGUCUUAUAAAAGGGAAAUAUUAAAACAAUUUUCGGUUAAAAUAGUGAUAUUUGAUGUUAUGGUUAACGAAAAUAACUGAAUUGUUAAGCAGAGUGUAAGAGUAAAUGAAGGUUAUGGUCACACAGGAAAAUAAUUUGCAUAAAAUAUGUCUUAAAUAAGUUUGUUUUAUAACAUCUCAGAAGACUGUGAUUAUUUAAAACCAUUUCUUUAGAUUGAAAUGGCAUGUGCAUGUGGGACCAUACCUUUAGGCAACGGCAUUCAUCAGGCAUUCAAGUAAUUUUCAUACUAAUUUAUGCUUACAAAAAAGAUUUGUUGCAGCAGCUGGAUGUCACUAAAAACUCUUAUUGGAUCAUCCAAAUAAUUUGCACACAAAUUAGUUAACAGACAUUUUAUACCAAAUGAGUUUAUUUUAUCAAAUCAAUCAAAUUUUAUUCUUGACCUAUGUGUGCAAACUAUUUAUUUUAGAAGUUAGCUUUGAAAAAUAUAAAUUUAAAAUGGAGUUACAUCGAAAAGUGUUUGUGCGAAAAUUAUUUGCCUGUCUGACCCUAGCUUAAUGAAGAAGCGAAUCUAAAAAGCACAACUCGAAUUCUCGAUAAAUGUGUCCAAAGUGUGGAGCCAUUGUGCAAUAAUAAUGUGCUAGAUUUUAAGUGAACAUGUUUCCUAUCAGUUUCUAGACUUAAACAACGACAUUUGCUUUAAAGCAGCGAUGCAACAUUUUGUCACAAAGCGUCGCAAAUUCAUGAAUGAAUUCAUGUUUUUGAGCUUCGCAUACGCGUUAGAGAAGUAGAAAAUAAUUUAGUCAAGUGUCAGAAAUACUGUGCACAAAAUGUUUCCACCAGAAACAGCUUAACGAAUAUCCAAUAAAUAUAUAUUCUAUAUAUACAGGUAUAUACAUA